CAAAAGAUCAUGUGUGUUUCAUGGGUCUUGUGUUUAUCUUGUUGCGCGAAAAAUAAGCAAACUACAUCUUGAUCAAUUUAUGGAAAGAACACAAGAAAAUGAUGGUUCCUUCCUUGAACCACUUGCAUGUUCAACGGAAAGAACUAAAAGUCGAAACGUAUUCAAACAAUACUGUCGUUCAUUCGUCGGGGUUCUACUUGCAUUGCUGUCUGCUUUAUCAGUUGUGAUAAUGAACGUAUUUGCAAAACUCUGCCUUAUUCUUCCUCCUUUUGAAAUUGGAGUAAUUCGCUUUAUAGUUCAUCUUUUAUUGACGACACCACCUGUGAUUUACACAAACCAUUCGCUUGUUUAUCCACCGAAGGUCAUUGCACUUCUUGUUUUGAGAGGAUUUAUUGGAGCUAGUGGGAUGUUCACUCGAGUUUACGCUGUGCAAAACAUGCCUUUGGGAGAUGCUAUUGUAUUGAUUUUUACAUCCCCAGUAUUCACAGCCGUUUUGGCAAGGAUAUUCUUGAAGGAGCGUUUACAUUGGAUCUAUUCGAUUCUUCUUGUGUUAUGUAUGGCUGGUGUUACUCUGAUUGCACGACCAACAUUCAUCUUUGGACAUCCAGACAGUGCUCCUGAGUAUGAUAACGUGUUGAUACCCACUCUUGUUGCUUGGCUAUCAGCUGUAUGCUCAAGUUGUGCUAUGGUUACUAUUAGAGUGCUUUUAAGAACAUACAAAGUCCCAUCAAGUGUGAUAUUAUUAUACUUUGGCUUGGUUGGACUUGUUUAUUCAAUUCUUGGGUCAUACUUUGACAGAGGAUUUCAGUUUCCAUUUUGUCAAAGUACAGAUUAUUUGUUUGCAGCAUGUGUAGGGGUUUUUGCAUAUCUGACUCAGUUUUUUCUUAACGGAGCACUUAAGUAUGAGAAAGCCUUCAUAGUAGCACUUUCACGAAGUCCAGGGACUAUAUUUGGGUUUAUCUUCCAAAUAAUAAUUUAUUCCCUUAUUCCAGGUGCUUUAAGCUUUGGUGGUGCAUCAUUGAUAAUAUUGUGUAAUCUUUUCAUUUUUAUGUUAAAGUGGUAUCAGAACAAGAACCGCUAUGGAAAAUAAGAAAGUCAUAUUUUUAUUUAUGUAAUAACUUGCAGCCUGCGGAAAAAAAUGAAUAUAUCAUCAAUACACUUAAGCUGAAAAUGCAUAUAUAUUAUUUUUAGAUCGAUUUAGGAUUGUUUCAUUCACUGAAAAUAUUAAAAAUAGUAUUUUUGAUGCUC